CAACAAGACAACAUGAAAAUCUUCCUUUUCUUCUUGUACUUAUCUCUCUCAUCUUCCAAUGUGGUGCAAGUUGUUUGUACAGGUACAGGCCAGGCCAAGGAGAACCCAUUUACACCCAAAGCCUCGUUGAUUCGUUACUGGAACAACCACAUUUCCAACAGUUUUCCGAACCCACCAGUUUUGGUCUCCAAAGCUUCUCCACUCAAUGCUGUUGACUUGGCCAAACUCACUAAACUCGCCGACCAUAACUCUCUGUCUUCCCACAUUGUGGAUUUUUGUUCCUUGGCAGAUCUUUUCUGUUUGUUCGAGGACUCUUCGAUACUAGAUGUUGUCGCCAAGGGCAACAAGGAUGCGAAUUUUGAAGUUUAUUCCAGUAAAAGAUUUAAGGGUUAUGGUACGUCGAGACGUGGAGGAGUCGACUCUUUCAAGAACUACUCCGAUGGGCUAAAUACUCCCAAUGAAUCCUUUAAAAAAUACAGCGGGGGAUCAAACGGACAUAGAGAAGAGUUCAAUAGCUAUGCCAAAGAUGCCAACGUCGCUAUUGAUAACUUCACCAACUACGGCUCCGGCUCCACAGGUGGUUCUGGUGGAUUCAACAACUAUCAGGAACGAGUCAACGUACCGAACCUCCGGUUCACCAGCUAUGACUCGGAUGGUAACAACCAUAAACUCUCUUUCUCGAGCUACAGCUCCGAGACAAACUCAGGCUCCCAAGCAUUCACAAAUUAUGGGAAGAAGGGGAAGUCAGUUCCGGCUGAGUUCACAAGCUACAGUGGUAAUGCCAACACCAUCGGGUCGAGUUUUACAGGGUACGGGGUGUUGGGAAACUCGGCAAACGACUCGUUUAAAGCCUAUGGUGACUCAGGUAACAAUCCCCAUAACAACUUCAAAACGUAUGGUUUAGCUUCUAAGCUGGGGAUUGAUAGUUUUACUAGCUACAGAGAUUCAGCCAAUGUGGGAGACGAUUCUUUUCAGUCUUACGCAAGGGAUUCGGAUUCCGGGAAAGUUAAUUUCGCAAAUUACGGGAAAACAUUUAACGUCGGGAAUUCUACAUUCAAAGAAUAUGGUAAAGGAUCCACUGGUUCUACCACCAUAGGGUUCAAAAUCUAUGAUUUGGCUCGUUCCUUCGUUGAUUAUGCCAAAAAUGGUGUCUCAUUUGCUGGUUACUCGAACUCGAGCUCCAAAGAAACAGCCGAUGAGGCUAACGGUGGCAUUCCUGUAAAUAGAUGGGUUGAACAAGGUAAAUUCUUUAGGGAGUCCGUUUUGAAGCAAGGGAAUAUCAUGGUGAUGCCCGAUAUUGUCGAUAAGAUGCCCCGAAGGUCAUUUUUGCCCCGGGUGAUUUCGAGUAAAUUACCAUUUUCAACCUCCCACUUAUCCGAGCUUAAGAAAAUAUUUGGGACAAGCAUGGAACCGGUGCUUGCAAACGCAUUGGCGGAAUGCGAGAGGCCGGCGAGCCGUGGUGAGACGAAGCGGUGCGUUGGGUCAGCAGAGGACAUGAUCGACUUCGCCACCUCGGUCUUAGGCCACAAAGUGACGGUCAGAACGACAGAAAACGUGAAGGGGUCAAAGGAAGAGAUCAUGAUCGGAGAAGUCAAAGGGAUCAACGGCGGUGCUGUGACGGAAUCGGUAUCGUGCCAUCAGAGUUUGUACCCGUACCUACUGUAUUAUUGUCACUCGGUGCCCAAGGUUAGGGUUUAUGAAGCUGAAAUUUUAGAUGUUAAAGGUAAAUCCAAGAUUAAUCACGGUGUUGCCAUUUGUCAUCUUGACACGUCAGCUUGGAGUCCAGGUCAUGCUGCCUUCGUGGCACUUGGGUCUAGCCCUGGACGAAUUGAAGUCUGCCAUUGGAUCUUUGAGAAUGACAUGACUUGGACUAUUGUGGAUUGAUUUGCUUAGGAUAAAAAAAAGAAGCUAAUUUUGGUCCCACUUAGUUAUUUCUUUUCUUUUUUGGUC